UCCAGCAUGUUUCGGAAUGCAACCUGAAAAUUGCCUGAACGAUCCUAGGCUGUGGCUCUCUGAGUCUUAAAACCCAAAUCUGCCGUUCGCGAGCAGGUUGAGCUUCAAAAGCCUUCGAGACAAGAACGCAAGGUGCAGGCGCCAUUGAGAGAUUGCAUUUUGUUGAAGCUUCUGCUCUUGUAAAGAUACCUAAAGUCAGACAUUAUGGCCCAGUGUGCAACGGUUGCCUCAGUCUCUGCGAGGGCCCUGGUGGCCCCGGCCGUUGUCUCAAGGCCGUCGACCAGCUUGAGGUCCAGCAAUGCUUGCAUUGUGAGCAGGAAGGUCAGCCUGCCGGACAGGAGGCACAUGCGGAGCGUUGUUGCACAGGGAGUGCGGGCGUCCACCCCUUCUGAUAUUUCUCAGUUGAUCAAGGAAGCGCAGGAGACCUGCAAAGAGAACCCCGACAAGGAGUGCGCAGCGGCGUGGGAUGAGGUUGAAGAGCUUUCAGCUGAGGCCGCCCAUCAGAAGGCCCGCGCCAAGGCCAACCCCGCCUCGACUGACCCCUUGGAGAAGUUCUGCGAAGACAACCCGGAGACGGACGAGUGCCGGGUGUACGAGGACUAGAUAAUUGUUUGAUAAGGCCUUUGUCCUACUCGAUGUAUGAGUACUAGCCAGGUCGCGCGUCCACGAGUUGUUGGAGUCGUUGGGUCACAGAUUGAAUGAGAACAGUUCUCUACUCUUUCUCAGCGAUUGUCAGUCGAGCAACAAUAACCUUGCGUCUCAUCUAUUGUUUGUAAGUUGCUGUUUCCACAUGUAACACUUGACUAGGAGAUAGAAUCGUAAAUGUUCUGCGCUACUUGCAGUAGGUCUACAAUCAUCUCGUGUACCUGAUGUGUGAGGAUUACCAUGUCAGUUCUGACGUUUCAUAUCUGAGAAAUCUUGCUCGGUCA